UUUAGGUGUGGCAACAGAGACCUGGAGGAUACAAGCGCCAGCAUCCGUUACUUCAAGGUGAUCAUUAGCAUAUGGUGGGAGCAAGAUAUAAAGUUCAUUUUCCCAACAACCAUGAAACGGAAAAACAGAUGAAAGGAGGCAUCGGGGACAACAUGCUUGUAUUCAUAAGGAUGGAAAGAGAUGCCAAGUUUAAUCAGAGAAAAGCAGAAAGAGCCACAGUGCGGGUACAUUUAAGGGAAAAAUACAGAUUACCACAGAGCGAAAAGGAUGAUAAUCAAAUACAGAUGGCCGGAGAUGACAUAGAUCUACCCGAAGACCUCCAGAAAAUGGUGGCUGAAGACGAAGAUGAGGAGGAAGAGAAAAGCUCAAUCUUUGGUCAUAUCCAAAAUAUUCAGAACAUGGAUGUGGACACACUUAAGGAGAAGGCAACAGCAACGUUCACAGAAAUGAAGCAAGCGGCUGAAGAGAAGUGCUCUCUGAUGUAGCAGAGAAAAGAACCAUACAGCGUACAAUAUGGAGUCACUGGAUGGAAAAUCUGGUGCUGACAAUUCUUCUAUCAGGACUAUGUGGGAAUUGUUGUGCAGAAUUAAGCUGUCUGAUGAUAAUGUUUUCUCGAGGGGUUGUCCAAGGUUAGAAAAACAUGGCUGGCUUCUUCCUUAACCCCAAUCAUGGAGCUGAGCUGCAUUAUCCGUGGUGCUGUUUCUGGAUUAAAGUAGUCAUGUUUUUUUAUAAUUCUGUCCAACCCCUUUAAUGACUUUACUUAGUGUUAUUUAAAGGAAUAUAAUCUAACCGUUGGAGUCUCAGGGACAAAACUCCUGUUCUCACCAGAGGGAAAACGUCAGGAAGUCCACACUUCCUGAA